CAGGGCUUCAGGCAGUUAUGUGCGUUUGUAAUAUAUAAUAAAAUUGUACUGAAAUCUGGCAACCAAUUUUACAUAUAGAAUGAUUUAUCAACAAAACAAAAUACAUUAAUGGGUGGAAGCGAAAGUGAAGUUUUGAACUAAUAAUAGGUUAAUUUUUUUUAACUAUGGAAGCAACACUGAUCUUUUCUGUUUGCUAUAGAACACCAGAAGGUUUCGUUACGGAAGAAUUUGAACAGUUAGAAUACGAUACUGUUGAACAUCUAAAAAUUAAUAUCCACCGUGUCUUUGGCAUUCCACCGCAUAGACAAAUAAUAGAUGGAUGGGCCACCGAACCCGAAAACGAUCAGUCUAUACUUCAAACAUGCACGCAUUUAGGACGCAUGAAUUAUUUGUUUUUAAUCUGUAGACAGGAAGAACAAAUUCCAACGGAAAGCACUUACAAUGCUCAAGAAAAUGACAGAGAUUGUAUGGAAAUCAGAGCAGCGAAAAGUUGUAUAAGAAAAAUUAAUACUCACAUAGUAACGUCAGGCACAAGGUUUAAUAUAAAAAAAUUAUCCGAAAUUAAGGAAUCUGUACUUCUUGCUCCUCCUCUAAAUAGAAAAAUUCUAGUUUUGUAUAUGCACAAUUCGAGGGAGGAAUUUUCAACUACAUUUUUAAGAUAUUUACGGGAUGAACAAAUUGCUGACAUUUUGAGAGACUAUUUCUAUAUUAUUGGAUGGGAUGUUGAAAAUAGAACUCAUCACCCGGCGCUUUGUAAUGCAGUAGAAGAUGCUAACUUCGGUCAACUAUCUGCAUUAAUUCAGUCUGAAGCAUGCUCAGCAGUUAUUAUUCAGAAUAUAAACGGAUCUCUCAGAAUUCUUUCAUUUUUAAUUGGAGACGACGUGGUUUCGAGCCGUGACUCAUUUUUAUUAUAUCUACAAAAUUGUCGAGACUUUUUGAUUGUGGAUCGCAGGCUUGCAAACGGAUUAGAUCGUUCUUCACAGAGCGACGAAAUGACCUCGGAAACUUUUCAAAAAAUGAUGGCAGACAGACUUGGCGAUAGAGAUUACGAUAGUUUCGCUUUCGACGAACAUCAUCUAUUAAAAAAGAACAUUGGUUAUGCAUGGUUUGGUCAACCAAAUCAAGAAACAGGAAAUGGAUAUGACGAAGAUCAAAAUUCGCAAAUCGACAUUGUGUACAAUGCUAUUUUAAAACAUAAUAAUUUAUACGCCGAAUACCAAGAUCAAAUUGAACUAGCUUUUAUUUAUGUCGUCUUAGAGCCUACUGAUACACAAGCUGUAGAUCGCAGGAGAGAAAACCCAAACUAUGAUCCACGUGUUGAUAUAUCUCCUAUUCCGAUAUUUGUUUUAAGAAAGUGUCGAGUAGAAAGAGGUGAAGGUUGUAGAAUUUUUAUAGGUCACGAUGGUAGAGUGUAUUCAAAUUGGCAAGAUUAUGUAACAAAUAACAAGUUACCUGAAAGUGUGAUGGUGUUACCAAAAAAUGGAAGAUACCAUGUAGAGAAUGAGAGGGUAUUACUCGAAAAACACGAAACUCCCAGCUGUGGGGUAUUAAACACCGUACUAAGAGGUGGUGAUAGAAUUAGUGCUGUGGCUGGUAUUGGAUCUGGUACUCUGAUGUUUGCUGGUGCUGUAACAAGUGUUAUUGCUGCACCCGUUCUUAUUGGUGCAGCUGCCGUAGGAGCUACAGCUGGUAUUUACAGUAUUACUAGAAGUGCUUUUGGUUUGGCCGAUAAAUAUACCCACGACGAGAAUUUAAGUAUUUUUAACUCGGAAGCACGAGGAAUCUAUAUUAAUAUUCUGGCUGGAUCUUUGGGAUUUGUUGGAGCGGGUGCAAAUAUGGCUGUCUCUCAAUUAAUUUCACGUGGAGCCAAUAUUGGUCAGGGAGUUGGAUUGGCAGUUAAUGCAAUUAGUAUGGCAAACAUAGGAAUUAGUGGUAUUGGUAUCAUAAACUCCAGCUACGAAGUCUUUGAUAUGUGGAUAAACCAUAAUCAGGCUCCUUCCGCAUUGACAAUAUUACAAUUGUCUUCAUCAGUAUUGUUCUUUGGCAAUGCAGUAUAUAACUUCAGAACUGUUGGACAAAUGAUAGACGAAACACAGGGUAGAGUUUUAGAAGAUUAUCAUGACUCCUUGAGAUCCAACAGACACAGGAAAACCUUUAACAAACUUUUGAAGGAAACAAUUAGGCAAAACGAUGGUAAUCAAGUACAAGGAAACGCGGAAGUUAUCAAGACGAUACGAAAUAUUGCAAAUAAAGACGAUGUAUUUGCCGUUCUUACAAGAAAUAAUAGGUUGAUGAAUAGAAAUGGUAUUCGCUUCUCCGCAAAUGGAGGAGAAAUAAUACUAAAUGGUCAAACGAUCAACAUGAACGAAUUUAUAGGAAUGAACAGGGAACAUGCAAGAGCCUUUUUGUCAAAUUUGCCCACAGAAUCGAACAUAUCAAUAAGUGAUACUAAUUCUAUGAUUGAUAAUUUCUCUUUAAACAAUUGGUCUAUACCGAAUGUUCAAGUAUUUGCUGGAUUUGCAUUAACCUUAAUUAGCAGAUUCUCAAACGAUAUUCAACACAUGAUAAUGGAAUUAGUAGAAAGGGCCACAGAAUUUCUCUUGAGACAUUUUGAACAAAUACUUAACGAAACAUUUGGUAACUCAGCACAUCAAGAAAUAAUGGUCGCUGUAAUGGAAUACUUCUCAGGACAAGCAUCAACGGUUGUUCAGAGAUACUUUACAUGGCGCAGUACUGGAAAUCCGCAUUACUAUGAACCGUACUUCGUCGAAAUACCGGUAUCUGAAGUAUCUGAAAGGGAUAGAUGGAUUUUUAGCAGACUGGUUAAAAUUUGUCAUGAAGCUGGUGAAUUUAUUAAGAAUAUCAAGGAAUAUUUGGAAGCUUGGUUACUAGAUAGAAUAGCUCAGCGACAGCUCAGAGAUGAAGCGAUUGCAAGAAGGGACAGGCAUUCGUCCAGAAACACUAAUACGGUUUCUUGUACUAUUUGUGGAGGAAAUUAUUUUACACAACCAUAACAAUCAUAAUUAACAUGUAUUUUAUAUAUUUUAUUAAACUUGUAGAAAA